UAAUAAAGGCUUAGUUUUCAUUAUCCAAAUUGAGAUGCACUAAAAUCAAUCUUUUUCCUUGACUGUUUUCUCAAACUAAGUAGACUUGAUUAAAGGUAACAAUCUAAAAAGAAACAAGUGCUGAAAAUGUGAAAAAAAAAUUAGCAGCAAUACAUAAUAUUCAUGUAAAUCUGAAGGAUAAUUUUGAAAACAAAAUCGAGAAUGAGCAUACGAAAGGCAAAAAUGAAUCCCAUAGCCAGCAGCUCUGAGGAAGACGAUAACAAUACCAGACAGCUAGGCAUCAUGCAUAUGAGGAAGCUGUUCGGUGAAUUCGUGCACUCGAAGGAAACCCUUAUCGAUAAGGAUAAAGAAUUCCGAAUAUACAAUAUGUUGCCUCUUUUCACCAAAAUGUUCGAUGCUUGCAGUCCGAAGGAGAUGAUAGAUAAAUUUCCUGACGUGUUACAAUUUUGUUUACAUGUAUCGAAAUUGAUGGUGACAGAAAUCAAAAGACGCGGAUCCAAUCAAAGCACAGAAGCUGCGUCUAAGAAAAUCGUAGAGUUCCUGGAGAUUGACGAAAAUGAAGAAACCAGUAAUGGAUGGAUGUUACUGACAACAAUCAACAUCAUGUCUGCUGGUGACAAGUCUUUAAUACAGAUUAUGACGAACGUGUCGAUUCCUUCAACUCUAGUGAAGUGUUUAUAUUUAUUUUUUGAUUUACCUGAAAUGAGUGAAGAAGUUGAAAACAUCAAUAAAAGGAAAUUUACUAGCAAGGAAAGGCGCAUUUUACUACAGAAACUGUUUGUGCAGGUACUGGUACGUCUAUGCUCUCAUCCAUAUCCGGCCGAUGAAUUGGCACGAAUGGACGAUCUUUCCUUGCUAUUUUCUGCAAUUACAUCUCAAUGCCCACCGUACAAUGUUAUAUGGCGAAAAUCAGCAGCUGAAGUUCUAACCACCCUUUCACGUCACGGAUUGACGAAUCAAGUAGUUGACUAUUUGCACAACAAAGGAUGCAUGUCUCUAUGUGUUGAUAAUAUGCAGAGAUCAUCACAAUUACAGCCUUUGGAAGUAGUCGAAAUGGUGGUAUCCGUAUUUUGCUUCCUGAAAGAUUCGAGCGAAGUUUCACAAAUACUAUUGGAUGAUUUUAAAUCUUGUCAAGGAUAUUUAUUUUUGGUAGAUUUUCUGAUCAAGUUGGAUCAAGAAGAUCAGAAAUCUCCCGAUACGGAAGCUGCAAUACGGAACCUGGUUUUAAUGACGGCAUCUCUCUGUAUUUGUGGAUAUAAUGAACUAAAGGUCACAUUCAACAAUAAUUCUUUAUUCCAAAUGCAAGGUUUCAAAAUGCCACAAAUAUCUGCUCGUGGUACAUGUGUGCGAAAUUUGCACGCUUUCCAGGUGUUACAGACAGUGUUCUUGAAAUCUGACAAUACUUCACUCUGCUGUAUAAUAUUGGAUGCCGUAUCUAGCGUGUACCAUUCAGACAAUGCUAACUACUUUAUUUUGGAAUCUCAAAACACACUUUGCCAAUUUUCCGAAGUAAUACACUUAAAAAGUGUUCCUGUUAGGGAACGUUUCUUUGGAUUGCUGGAGUUUAUUGUAUUCCAGUUAAACUUCGUACCUUGCAAAGAGUUGAUCUCGCUGUCCCUGCUGCUAAAAUCAAAUCAUUCCAUUGAUUGCAGUAUUCUUUGUAUGAAGACGCUCCUGAAUUUACUAAAACAUAGCAAUCUCUUCUGUGAUGUUUACCGAGAAGUUGGUGUAUUGGAAGUUUUCGUGAACUGCUUAAAAAAAUACAAAUCUUUACUGGAAACUGUUCCAUUUGAAAGUAACUCAAAUUCUACCAAAGAUCCUACCUUGGUAUUAGGAGAAAUGAUUCUAGAUGCACUGAUGAUUCUUUUGAGUGGAAAUAAUAGCAAUGCUACCGUAUUUCGAGAUAGUGGUGGUUCUAAAUGUAUCCACGACAUGAUACGGUUCGAAAGUUGUAGCAACAGUGUGUUGAAAAUCGUAAAAGAAAUGAUAGUUAACACUGGGGGCGAUGAUGAUAUGCUACGUUUACUUGAAGCUAUGCAAGUUGCUACCACACAACAGACCCGAUUAAAAAUUACAAUUCUAAAAUCAUUAGUGUCAUGCCUGCGGGACAGUCAUCGGACGCGUACUAUUUUCAGAAAGGUCAACGGGUUCAGUCAUCUAAUCAAGACCAUAGAAUCAUUGAAAGGAGUUUUCACAGAUAAAGCUGAUAAAAAUCAGUAUCAAACGUUCUUACAACUACUAUACGUUGUUUGCCAAGCACUAACAACAGCGAUGCGAUUUGAGCCAGCGAAUGCAAAGUUUUUUCAGCAAGAGCUAAGCACUUCAUCGUUUUGUAAUGCUCUUCGCGGACUAGGAUGUUUUAGUCCGACUUUGACACUUCGAAAAGAAACUCGUGUACACUUCAAGCCAUCACAGGAGGCGAGUAAAAAAUUUAACCAAAUUUUUGCCCAUAGCAUUGCGGAUUCAAGUGCUGCAUUACCAGAUCCACUAUCGCUAUCUUUUGCCUGUUUUGUUUUCCGUAUUCUACAUAAUAUUGCUUUAGAUAAUUUCGAUGGUCCUUAUGCAAUAAAUAUGUCCUCUAUGACAAAUUUAAAUGAACCUUCAACUCGACCUGACUAUAGCGACAAUGUCGGAUCCAUGACUGGCAUUAAAGGAGUGGUAACCACACUAAACCUUGCUGUGUCAAAUUUAGAACCAAUCAUAGUCCAUCCUGGAACCGUACUUUGCAUGCUGUUACUUCUUCCGUCAGUGGAAAACAGUCAACAUGAAGAACUCGGCAUAGCACUAGAAUAUUUCUUGGCAGAAGUUUUGAAAAGUCUAGUACGAAGCGAACGUAAUCAGCAAAUCCUGUGCGAAGUUGGUAUGGCUGGUGUUCUGUUAAAAGUUUGCAGGAUAGCGUUAUUAGAUGAGCAACAUAUACUCCAUUUACCAUUGCAAUACAUUUUCGAACGAUUAGCAGUACAAGCUCUGCUGCCUAAGGAGUUUCGAGAAUUUCUUCGCCUUGAUUUUCCCAUGGAAGGCAGUAGUACUGACAAUCAGGCGAAUGUAGCUUCGAUACCUUUGACUCGAAUAAAAACGUUGGUCUCAAUGACGACGCCCAGGGAUUUUCGUGCCCAUGGUUCUCAUACAUUACCACCAUUUGUUGAAAUGGAUAUGAGUUCAGAAGGCUUUGGAAGCAUUUUUCUACCAAGCCUGGCGCCACAGGCUACUACUGCUAAUAACACUCUAGAGGUAGAUGGGCAGAGCAUAGGAGGCAUUGGAUCAGGCGAUAGACAAUUCCCUCCUUCGUGUGGACUAAGCUUUUCAACGUGGUUUUGUGUGGAAAAAUUUAGCGAUUCUCGAGUAGAUCCUCACGGUAUCCGUCUUCUAACACUUAUACGCACAGCAAAUAAGCCUCGAGAGGAAAACUACGUUUGUUUGAGUAUUUUAUUGUCAGCCAAAGAUAAGGCUAUUAUAACAUCAACACAGGAAAUUCACAUGGACCAAAAUGUUGCAGAAUGGGAACCUGAUUGCUUAGAAGACUACAGUGCCAGAGUAUGGUGCCCAGACUUACUCGUCGAAGGACAGUGGCACCAUCUAGUAGUGGUGUUAAAUAAAGCUGUGGGAAAAAGUGCAAGUUUUUCACUCUACAUUGAUGGGCACCAUAUGCAUACACAAAAAAUUCAGUAUAUUUCACUGUACCCUGGAAGUCACUACACUAGCAGCUCAAAUCCUGCUUCUUCUGUGUUUGCCUAUAUUGGAACUCCACCAAUCUGGAGAAGAUAUUCAAGACUGUGCUGGAAACAAGGCGUUUGUCAUCUUAUUGAGGAUGUGUUCAAUCAAUCAACCGUAAACAAAAUAUAUGCCCUUGGUCCACAUUAUCUAGGGUCGCUGCAAGCCCCACAUGCUGAGAAAAUAUUGGAUGACUCUGUUAGUCCUAUCGUGCCCGAAGAACGUGUUAUAUUUGGAAUGAAUGCACGAGCUGUCUCGAAUUUAACGUUAUCUAAAAUCCGAAAAGUUUAUAGCAGAGUCGAUUGCAAAGCAAUUGCCAAACAGCUAGGAAUGAACUCACACGACAAUGCUACUCCGAUAAAAAUAUUACACAAUUCUGCAGGUCAUCUUGCUGGUCCCGCUCGUACACUUGGAGGAGUGAUGAUUGGCUAUUUAGGUAUACGAUGCUUCAGCCCAAACCCAGUGUCAGCCAUUAUAUACACCGUCGGCGGAUGUAGUGUACUGCUAGGCAUCAUUGCCAUGUCGCAAAAUGUGGAAAGUCUCUACGCUGGGGUGAAGGCUCUUACUUGCGUGAUAAAAUCAAAUAAAUCGACUCAAAAUGAAAUGGAUCGUAAAAGAUACUAUCAAACAUUGGGAAUGAUAUUCAAGAAAAAGAAGCAUUUGUUAAACUCUCAUAUUCUGCACCUUACGUUUAACCUAGUUGGUACUGUAAACAGUGGCCAUGAAACAUCAGCUAUUCCAAACGUCAUGUCUUUCCAGGACUUAUUAUGUGACUUUGAAAUCUGGCUUGGAGCUCCCAGUGACAUUUUAAAAUCGCUUUUGGAGCAUCUACUGGAGCUUAUAUCAGAGUCCAGUGAAAAGCGAACGAAUAUUCGUAUCAUGCGAGAUAUGCAGUGCAUUUCUAAACUAUUACACAUUGUUGAAGAUGUGUAUGACCACAAUACACGAGAAGUUCUGUUUUGCUUAUUAGAAAUACUACUGGGGCCUCAACCACGUAUAUCUGAUUUACUACUUUUUGGACAAAGUUUGGUUUAUCAUAUUCCUCAGCCGGAAGAUGAAAACGAUAAAACCCUAAACCUAGCAGAUUACACCACUGAUGGCAACACAUCUAUGCAUGAUCCUGACUUGUAUAAAAACAAAACAAUAGUACGGAAAAUUGUUUUGAGAAACAAAGGGCUAUGUAUGCUGCAUAGUAUGUUAUUCACAUCAAAAAAUACUGUCAAUGCUGUUUUAUCUGAAGAAAUUUCCAAGGUUCUUGGUUUGGACUGGCUCAUGAUGUUUAUGCAACCACAUCUCAAUUGUACGACUGUUAUAUGGGCCAUGAGAAUACUGGUUGUUCUAUGUGCUAACGAAAUGAUCAUUGGACGAUUUCGUGAAGGUAGUAUGAAUAGCGGAUAUAUGAAAAACACCGAAGUUGUUUCGCAAAACAAGGAUAUGCUGCUUUUGUCGACGACGCAAAGCGUAACUGCAUCAACUAAUUUAAAGAUGCCUCAAGAUUUAGUUACAUCAACGUUGGUUAAGACUAGUGAUGAAUCAAAAUCUCAGUUCACGAAUUGCUCCGGUUUUACAUAUCUGGAAUGGUUACUGCAGCAUCAUAUUAGCAUACCCGAAAUAUACUUUUUGCUUACGGCAAUCAUUAUGGGCCAACCUGUGAAGCUCUUAGGCACUGAGCAUAUAAAUCUAGAUCUAGAUCGCGUCUGGACCUUUUUAUGGGGUGCACCAGUAUCAGGAAUGCUUAGUGGUACAUCUACAUCGAAGAUAUCACUAUGUCCGGAAGCUGUGUGUAUACUAUUGAACAUAAUAAGAAAAAUUGUACAAACAACAAAUAAUGCCGAAUGGCUCCAUAACCACCCUAUAACGCUGGUGCAAGUUCUAUUCUCUUUGUACCACAACCUUCCUGAUUUUAUGCCUGUUGUAAUGUCGGCUGAAGUAACCACUUCAUUGGUCAGCAUAAUGUUUCCUUAUCGCAUAAAAGCGAUUGAUUCUGAAAGUAACAGCAUUUCUUCACCCUCGGGAGAGUUGGUAUCCUAUCAAGAGCUGGAAAAGAGGAUAGUGGAUAAAAAAGGUCAAAAGCUAAUAGAACAUCCUGUACGCAAAUUCGUCAUUGAUUUUCUGCGUGUUAUCGCAGUAGACUCACUAAGCUUGGCAUAUAGUGGAAAAUGCACCCCAGUUGUAGAUUAUAUACUAGAUACUCAUCCGGAAAACAGUUCAUUCGAUGCGAGGUGUGAAUUCUUGACGGAAAUAAUAACCACCCUUAUGGAUCAUCUACUGGCUGCUGAUAUUUUGGUUGGAGAACAAGCCGCUCUUCCGAUAGUUCCGUUACUUCAUAGCCAUGUACAGAACAUAGCACCAAAUGUGUUUUAUCUGACUGCUAGAAUAGUCGAUAAACUGUGGCAAAGAAGCCUCAAUAAAAACCCACAUGAAAUUUUCGAAUUUAUUAUAAAACUGAUCACCCAAGCAAGAAGACGGUCAAGUGCUAUUUCGCUAGAUAACUUGUAUCAUUCGUUAAAUCGCUGUAUCUUAUUUAUGCUAUCACGCCCGACAGACACUGUUCCAGAUCAAAUGAUGGUUAUGGAAGCGCUGCACAAAUUGACAACAAAUAGACUAAUCAUCUUCGGGGCUGGCAAUCACGAACUAGACUUUACCGGAUGUCUAACAUUCUGCUUAAUGCAACUAACUGCUAGCGAUCGCAUUCCGUUAGAUGUUAAAGACACAAAGGGAUGCUGAUCGCACAACAACUUGGCACAUCAAUCCAACCAAUGACUCAAAUGAUGUUGGGGAUAACUCACUUAAUCACCAUCAAGGAACA